UCCCGCGCUGCCGGACGUGCUCCUCGGCCCUUUCCCAUCCCCCGAGCUUCCCGCGCUGUCCCCGGUGCCCAGCUUCCUGCAGCCCCUGUAUGGGGCCCGAGCGAGAGGUUCCGGAGACUGGUCGCGGACGGGGUCCCGGGUGUCGACGCUGCUGGCCAGCCUGUCCCAGCCCGCGCCGCACGGCCUCGGGAGCUUCAGAUGCCCCACGGUGUGCAGGUUUGCUUCAGAAGAAUCCUAGAAAAAUCAGGUGGCAUCUGGAGAUUUCUGCUCACCUGGAGAAGGGAUGGAAAUACUCCAACAAGUGUGUAGCAAACAGCUUCCUCCUUGUAACCUGAGUGAAGAGGACCUGUUACAGAACCCACAUUUCAGCCAACUACUGCUGAGUCUCUCACAGCACGUGGAUGAAAGUGGCUUAAGCCUCACCCUGGCAAAGGAACAGGCUCAGGCAUGGAAGGAAGUUCGACUGCAUAAAACAACAUGGUUGAGGUCUGAGAUUUUACACAGAGUCAUUCAAGAGCUGCUUGUGGACUACUAUGUGAAGACACAAGAAACAGAUUUAACUUCUGAGGACAAAAAGUUUCAUGAGACCCUUGAACAGCAGCUACUGGUGACUGAACUGACACGUCUCCUAGGUCCCUGCCAGGAGAGGGAGAUGCCUUCGCCACUGGGGCUGGAGAAAGCAGACCUUCUGGAGCUCAUGCCACCCUCAGAGGAUUUUGUGUGGAUGAGAGCUCGGCUCCCACUAGAAGUGGAGGAGCAGCUCAAGAAGAAAUGCUUCACUCUGCUCUGCUACCAUGAUCCCAACUCAGAUUCAGACAGCAAAACCCUAAAAGCAGCAAAGGUGUGGAAACUGGCAGAGGUCCUGGUGGGUGAGAAGCAGCAGGGCCAGGAGGCCAAGAGCCAGCAGAAGGAGCAGAUGGUGCUGCUGGAGAAGAAGAGUGCCACCUACUCCCAGGUGCUUCUCCGUUGCCUCUCCCUGCUGCAGAGGCUUCUGCAGGAGCACCGGCUUAAGAGUCAGUCUGAGUUAGACCGCAUCAAUGCCCAGUACCUGGAGAUCAAGUGCAGCGCAAUGAUCCUUAAGCUGAGGAUGGAGGAGCUAAAGAUUUUGUCUGACACUUACACUGCUGAGAAAGUGGAAGUUCACCGUCUCAUUAGGGACCGUUUGGAGGAGGCCAUUUGCCUACAAGAGCAAGACAUGGAGAAGUCCCAGCAGGUCCUGAACACCUAUGAAGUCCUUGGGGAUGAGUUUGACAGGCUGGUAAAAGAGUACACCCAACUCAAGCAAGCAACUGAGAAUAAGCGCUGGGCUCUCCAAGAGUUCAACAAGGCCUACCACUGAGCAUGGUGAGGGGGACAAGAGGCCCAGCUGCUGCAUAGGCACUGCCUCUUCCUGCUAAAAGGACCACCUCCACUCAGGGGAGUGUGGGGACACUUGGUGGAAACAGCAGUCUUUUAGGUACCCUCCUGCUUUCUUCUCAAUUACAAUGACCGAGUCUCUUCUGGAAAAUGUAGCAGAUUUAUAUAACUUUACGUACAGCUAUUUGUCAGUGUCAGCCAUAUGUUAUAUUUGAGCAUUUCCUGAAUAAAGUGAUGAUAUUGUUUCCUA